UGCGGCAUUAUGGCCCGCCACCUGAGUCAUCCCGUCUCCAGUCCAGUUCUGUCCAGGAGCUAAGCCAUGGCUUAAAAGCAACUCCCCCAGCCGAGGGUCUCUCAUUUGCCCAUCAUUAGCAGGUGCUGAUGCAGUCCGCGUCCCAGAUUUCAAUGAACCAGCUCCUGCCGCUUGUAUUGCUUUUAAUUCUUGGUGGAUCCCGGGCAGAUGUCAACCGGCUGCUGCUGGACCAGCUUAACCAGGUGGGACUGGUCAAUCUUCUAGAGCUGGCAACCCGACCCAAUGUACCUAGGGAUCUGGCCAACUAUGACUUCGUGGUGGUUGGAGCCGGAGCCGCUGGCUGUGCCUUGGCUGCCCGUCUCUCGGAGAAUCCCCAAUGGACGGUGGCCUUGUUAGAGGCCGGUGGCGUAGAGAAUAUAGCCCAUUUGACACCGGUGCUGGCUGGUUAUCUUCAACAGACAUCCUCCAAUUGGGGCUACAAGUCCGUGCCCCAGAAACUCUCCUGCUUGGGGAUGAACAAUCAGGAGUGUGCCCUGCCCAGGGGAAAGGUGCUGGGUGGCACCAGUUCCAUCAACUAUAUGAUCUAUAAUCGUGGCAAUCGGAGGGACUUUGAUGGCUGGUCGGCAGCCGGUAAUCCCGGCUGGAGUUAUGACGAAAUCCUGCCCUAUUUCCUGCGUAGCGAGAAUGCCCAGCUUCAGGGAUUGGAGAACUCACCGUAUCACAAUCACAGCGGUCCGCUGAGUGUGGAGUAUGUACGCUUUCGGUCUCAGCUAGUGGACGCCUUUGUGGAGGCCUCUGUGGAGUCGGGACUGCCGCGCACCGACUACAAUGGUGAAUCACAGUUCGGGGUGUCUUAUGUCCAGGCCACGACCCUCAAUGGACGACGGCACUCGGCCUACUCGGCUUAUAUAAAGCCUGUGCGUGAUCUGCGCUCUAACCUGCACAUCUUCACCUAUGCCCGGGUCACCCGCAUCCUCAUCGACGACGCCACCAAGUCCGCCUACGGUGUGGAGUUUCACUACAAGAACAAGCCCUACACCUUCAAAGCCCGCAAGGAGGUUAUCCUGUCGGCAGGAGCCUUUAACUCGCCACAACUGUUGAUCCUGUCGGGAAUCGGACCAGAGGAUAACCUCAAAGCUAUCGGGGUGCCAAUAGUUAAGGAGCUGCCCGUGGGUCGCCGGCUGUACGAUCACAUGUGUCAUUUUGGACCCACCUUUGUGACUAAUACCACGGGUCAGACGACAUUUACCUCCAGGGUCACCCCCACCGAGGUACUGUCCUAUCUGCUGGCCGGGAAUCCCGCUACCAGACUGAGCUCCAUCGGCGGAGUGGAGGCACUGGCCUUCCUCAAGACGCCACGUUCUAGUUUGCCCAAGGAUUGGCCAGAUAUCGAGCUGAUCAUGGUCGCCGGCAGCUUGGCUAGUGACGAGGGCACCGGCCUCAAGUUGGGAGCCAAUUUCAAGGAAGAGAUCUAUGACAGAAUGUAUCGGGAACUGGCCCAAGCUCGGCAGGAUCAUUUUACGCUGUUGGUCAUGCAGUUCCAUCCAGAGUCUGUGGGCCGCCUUUGGCUGAGGGAUCGGAAUUCGCUGGGCUGGCCCAAGAUCGAUCCCAAGUACUUUGCGGCCGAGGAGGAUGUAGAGUAUCUGUUGGAUGGCAUCAAGGCCAGUCUGCGGAUCAUGGAGAUGCCGGCGAUGCAGAAAAUUGGGGCAAGACUGCUCCAGAGACCGACGCCAGGCUGUGAGGGUCACAAAUUCGCCUCGGAUGAUUACUGGCGAUGCUCGAUACGAACGUUAUCAUAUACCCUGCACCACCAGGUGGGCACCUGUCGCAUGGGGCCGGAAAGUGAUCCCACUGCCGUGGUUAAUCAUCAACUAAAGGUUCAUGGCAUGAGGAGGCUUCGUGUGGUGGAUACCAGCAUAAUCCCAGUGCCACCUACCGCUCACACCAAUGCGGCGGCAUUUAUGAUCGGAGAGAAGGCGUCGGAUAUGAUAAGAUCCGAAUGGAGUUGA